AUGCUCAAGUGGUCCGUGUAUGCUGUUUUGACACCAGACAAUAGGUCGUUCCUGGCCUUCCACCAUUUCAAUCCUUGCUAUCUCAAAUCCUCUUACGUCUCUGUUGUUUUCAAGAAGAUUGACCAACAACCCUUCAUUAUGGGUGACGCUGAACAAUUUGACCUGAGCUUGCGUACUCAUGAUGAUUCUACACUCGCUCAAUUGAAUGCAGCGAAAUGGAAAACAACUCUCGCCCGCCACCCAGGAGUCGAGUUUGUAUGGCUGCAGUUCUUGCUCGUCGAGGGUUCCACUCGAAUGAGGAUGAUACCUGUGGCAUAUUUCUCCAAGAUGAUCGAGGUUAAUCGGAACCUGAGCCUUUCAUCUGCCCACCUUCAUCUUCUGCGCAAUGACCAUGUUACUCUGGAAGCAGCCCCCACCGGCACAAUGUACCUAGCGCCAGAUAUUUCCACUGCCUUCGUUCCGUCUCGAGAGAGUUCACGGGUGCGAAUUCUUGCAAAUCUAGUCAAUGAGAAUCACACUCCACGGCCAGAGUGUCUGCGCACCAAAUUGGUCAACUUGUCGGAUAUCCUGUCUCAUUUGCACGGCUUCGAUAUCUUAGUCGGGUACGAAAUCGAGGUCAUCUUCCUCAAGAAUGAAGACAAGGAUGGCAGAGACCCUAUAUCAAGUCAUAAACUUUGCGGGAUGAUACCUGGGAUGCGGGCUAUAUUGCCUAUGGUGGAAUCAAUCGUCAGGACAUUGGAUCUGGAACAGAUCUUGCUUGAGCAAUUUCAUGCAGAAAUGACUCCUGGGCAGUGGGAAUUUGUCCUUCCGCCGCAACGUCCGCUAGAAGCUGUCGAUACCCUUAUGAAAGCCCGAGACAUCAUCUCCACCAUCGCAAAUGACUAUGGAUAUCGUGCAACAAUGCAUCCACGACCAUUUCCUGACCAUGGUGGCUCAGGAGCACACUUACACCUUUCCCUAAAUUCCUCGGUUACCUCGGAUCCUGAACACACCGACCCAUUCUUUGCGGGUAUCAUCAAGCACUUUCCAUCUUUGAUGGCAUUUUGCCUUCCACUUGACAUUUGCUAUGAGAGAGUAGCCACCGGAAUCUGGAGUGGCGGGGAAUACAUCAGUUGGGGUUGGGAGAACAAAGAAACGCCGUUGCGACGAGUCGCUAACAAUCGAUUUGAGCUUAAAUUGCACUGUGGCCUGGCAAACCCAUAUACUUCUCUGGCUGCUAUUCUUGCUGCAGGUAUCGAUGGUCUGAACAAAGGCCUCCCGCUCUCUGCAGGAGACUGUCAAACUUCCCCGGCAUAUAUGUCGGAGGAGCAGCGGACCAAGCUCGGCAUUAGCCCCGUCCCUCGAAAUCUGCAGCAAAGCGUUGACCAUCUGGUCGAGGAUAAAGGGCUGCAGAAAAUUUUGGGUGAAGAAUACACAGCCACAUACAUUAGUGUUACGACCGAGUGGAACAGGCAACUGAACGACAUGGAUUCCAUGAGUCAGCGAAGAAUGCUACUAGAGAACUACUAG